CACAUUCAAGAUUAUCCCGAGUUGGAGUCUGGGUCGUUUGUGCUGCAUGGUCAAAACCAAAACCUCGUCCAUAAUGAAUGGGAAAGGAAAUGAUCAUCUUCCCAGCACUUUUAUUGCUGUUCCAUUCUUUCUGUUUUUGUUAUUGGGUAGCAUCGGUCGAACAGAUGCUGUUGAUUGCGGCAAUUGCUUUUGUAGCGCAGAUGUCGACACGGGUUACCAGAAUGUCAUUUGCCUUGGAAUUCCCUUCACAGAGAUACAAAACACCUUCACUGGAAACACGGGAUUUGUUAAUAUUAAUCGUUUCGAUAUGGUACCGAAAAUUGGAGACACUCAAAUACCUGCUGGACUGUUGGGCAUCCAUACAGCACGGAUUAUUCGUCUUGCCAGUUGCGGAGAUAAGUUAAUGACAAUCCGUCGCAAUGCUUUCCAGUCGUCUGCUACCACCAUGGAAGAGUUUGUUGUCUACGAUUGCAACAUUGCAUCUUUGGUGUGGACAUUUUUGGACAGUUUUACUAGUGUAAACUUGUUGCAAUUGGAAGGUGCCAUCAAUAUCCAAUCCCUGGGAAAUUUACCUUCACUUCCCAGUCUCAAAUGGCUAGCCGUCAACAAUUGCAAAGGAUUCAGUUCACUUAAUUUCCCUGGGUCAUCUCUCGGUGGCUUGGAAAACCUCAUCAUGACGGAAAAUGUGGAACUGACUGAUGGAAAAGCAGAGUCGAUCCUAGCAACGUUGAAUGGGGCUAGUAAUUUAGAAAUUGUGUCUUUGAAAAAUAAACCCAUCGAUCACCGCCAUCCCGAAUACGUUGGCCAAUUUAGUCGCUUUACAUUCGUUGGAUGUUUCCUUGUGUGACAUAAAUUCCAUCUCUUCCGGCUCUCUUUCCUUCUCCGCCGAUGUCAAAUCGCUAGACCUCACGAAAAAUUCUCUAUCAGACAUCUCUGAUGACUCUUUCGAAAAA